CACAAUGUUGCCAGGGCCCAGGGGGCAGAGCAGACGGAGUGUGGGCCAUGGUCCCCAGUGGUGACCAGCCCUGCCAUGGGAAACAAUAGUUCCCACAAAAGGACCAAAGCACCCAAGCAGGCCCACAAGGAGAGGCCAGCUGACAUGGACAAGGCCUGGUGGAAACAGUUCCUCAACCACCUCACUCGGAAGAAGCCGACUACCAGGAUCGUGCUGAUCCUUCCCCUGGACAAGCGACAGCCACUGGCCAAGGCUGGGCGAACGAUUGACUACGCGUCAGGCGCCGGGCUGGGCUCCCCGGCGGCACCCAGGUUGCGCGGAGCGGGAGAAAGCGGCGACCGCGAGCUGAAGAUGCCGGUGCUGCUGCUGCUCCUGCGGCAGGAGGCGCGGCAGCCGGAAGAGGGCGGGGCCAGGGCAGCGCGGAGCUGGCCGCGGCUGCGCUCGCGCCUGCGAUCCCCGGGAAAGGCUCCCAGCGAAGCCGGGCCUGCCAAGCAGCAGCCGCGCAAACGGUGCCGCUGCCCUCGCCCGCGGCUCUAAGCGCUCGGCCCAGACCCCGCCCAAUAAAGAGUGCGUGGCAACCCUGGA